AUGAGUUCUAGAUAUUUUUCCAGCACUUUAUCUGGAAAAUCUAAUAUAGGAGGAGAUAACUCGUCAUCUAAAAUUGAUUCUCUUCGAAAACAACUCUAUCAACAAUAUGAAAGCGCAAUUUCUUCAUCAGAAAAGUUUAAAACAAAUGAUUCACACGCAUUUACGAGACCUCCAACUUUUGCUGGAUAUCAGACUACCAAUAAACGAAUAAAAAAGCUUCCUCAAUAUAAUUUUGAAGAAGAAUCUUUAGUUUCAAAAUUUGGGGGAAGCUCGCCAAUUAAAUCUCGAUACAUGAGAAAAACCUACUUAUUUGAUGCUGAUGGAGAUGAUUUCGAUGGAGUUAGUACGUAUAAACCAAAUAUAUCUUCUCGUCUUCCAUUAACAAAGCCAACAUCUCUAUCUAUGUAUAGAGAAAAGUUUGGAGAAUCAAUAUCUGGUACUGAUAAAGACAUUUCUUCAACAUUUAUUCAAGAUGUCGAUUUAUCUGACGAUUUGUUCGAAACAAACACGAAUACUGUAUCAUAUAAACCAACAAAUACAAAUCCAUCACGUAGUGAAUUAUCAAAGACUUCAUCAUCUAAAAAUCAAUUUUCAAAGACUUCAAAGAAGCCAAUUACUCAAAGAAAUGAUCGAUUUACUGAUAUAAUUCACGAUGAUAACAAAACUGCGAAUGAAGACUCAAUAGAUUUCGAAAUACAAUCAACACUUCGAAACCAAUUAAGAAACCGCUCUUCAAGCCAUUCUGAAUUACCAAGUAAUAAGAAACCAUCGAAUUCAGACCAAAAUUUAAAUCAAGAAAAAUAUCAUCAAAAAUCUACAACUGAUUAUCAAAAAUCAUUUAAUGAUUUGCCAAAUCCAUACGACGAACUUAACAAAAACAACAAAAACAAGAAAAUUUCCAAAAAUAAUAUUCCAAACAAAAAACCAUUGGAAAUUAAUACAGAAUCACCAUAUGUUGAAUCUAUCAUAUCAUCACCAAAGAUUUUACCUCAAAAUACCAAAAUAAUUUCUGAAAAUCAGGAAAAUUCAAACAAACAGAGCAAAAACAUUAAACCUACAAAUACAUUGGAUCUUGAUAAGAAGCCUGUUUCUGAUGGAAAACAAAAGUUUAAAGAAAAUACAAUAAAUUCAAUGAAUCCAAGCAAAGGAAAUACUAAAUCUGAUCAAAACAUUACUACAAAACCAUCAGAUCUUGACAAUAAACCUAAAAAAGAAGAAGAUCAGAAAAUUAUUCAGAUAAAACCUAAAGAAGAAGAAAUUAUCCAAGAAAAACCUGCUGUAAUAGAUCCUCUUUAUCCGAAUUCGAACAGAUCAUUGAAUCAAAAGCCAAAAGUUAAUAAAUUUGAAAAAAUUUCAUCAAAUCAGAAAAAUCCAACAUUGAUUAUCACACAACCUCCAAAACAAGAUGCAGCAAGUAUUAAACCAUCAAAAAUGCCAACUUUUGACUUAGACUUGAAUUCACCACAGAUAAUUCAACAAAAAACAGAUAAAACAACUGAAAUUGUCAAUGACAGAUCCAUUAGAGACACAAACACUCCAAAACAUGCCGAAGAAAAGGAAGAUGAAAAAAUUUCUCAAAAUAAUUUUGAAAAAAUCAAUGAUGAUACAGAUAAUUCUGAUCCUUCCAAGCAGAAAAUAUCUCCUACGAAGCCAGAAGAUAAAAAUGAUGAAAAUCAAAAGAAAGAUAUCGUAAUUUCUCCAGAAGAAAGGAAGAAAAUGCUCUCGGACAGAGUUUUAGCUGAUCAAAACCUUCUCAAAGAGAUGAAGAAGUUUGUAAGUGAAGAAUUUGUCGAUUAUGAAGAAGAUUACAACGAAAUCGACUUCGAAUUUGACGAUGAAGCCGAUGUAUCUGUUGAAGAGGACACAAAUUCGGUUAAUCAUGAAAAUAAACCUGAAAUUAAAGAAAAUGAAGGAAUUAAAGACAAAAUUCAACAAGAACCAAAAGUAGACAUACAAGAUAAUGAUGGAUCUUCUCAAAAUGUUCAAAAUUUCCAAAGAAAUAAUUUUGAUAAUCCGAAAUUUGACGAAAAUACUAAUGAUCAGCAAACUUCAAAGGCCGAAUCCAAAGAUACCACCAAUGAUAAAGGAAGUAUGCCUAAAUUUGAUCAAAAAACCAAAUCUCCUUCUGAAUUUCCAGUUUGGCAACUUGGAAGCGAAGAAGAAGAUGAAGAAAAGCAAGAAACAAACCAAGUAGUACCUCAUGAUGAAGAAGAUGACCUAUUUAGUUUCCAAGAUGACAAAUCAAACAAAGAAGAAGAGGAUUUGCUCAAUUCUGAUGCAGACAAUUUAGUUGAUGAUGAUCGUAUAUCUAAAAUUGAGCCUUUCAAGUCAAUUGACGAAGAAUUAAAAGUUCCAAAUUUGUCACAACUGAAUGAAAGCAUCGAAACCAAUACCAACACAAGUAUGUUUGUUAAUUAUGCUGAUAAGGAUGUAAAUGUCAUCGAAAACAAGCCAAAACUCGUUAUUCAACCCGUAGAUUACCAUGAAAACGAAGUUUCUACUACAACAACAGAUGAAUGCGUCAUAGACAACAGUAUUUUCGUUGUAGAAAAAGUUGAAGAAGAAUUUAAUGAAAAUUCAAUUUUCAAAUUUGGAGAAUCAAUGACGAUUGACAUGAAAGAUGAUUCUAAUAUUGAAUAUGAUGAAGACUCUGAUGAGUUACCAAGCACAGAAAUAGUUUCAAUCGCUUUCAACAGAGGAAAAUUGGAAAAUCCGAUAAAAACAACAAUUUUCUGCUUAAUUCAUGUAGCUGAUAAAAUCCUUGAUGAACAACUUCAAUUAAUGUAA